AAAAUCCGCUGUGUUAAUUAAGCUGUGUUAAUCUGCAUUUACUCAAAAUGAGUUAAUUUUACAAGAAACGGUGAAAGACACCCCCUUGUGUUGGUGAAAAUGAUCAGAGUUGUAUUCUACGUCGUUAACUUUGCUCUGUUAAGCUCCGCCCCUCAAUCUACCCACUGCAGAUAACGUGUUGGAGUUUUGUCGGCGCCAUUUUCUGCUCCCUCGUGCGUAUAGUUUUGUACUGUGAACUCUCUGAAGAAGACGUUAACGUUAGGCUACAUUUAGCCUCGAAGUUUUGCUUUCAAGAGCAACUCUGCAAUGUUCCAGGUAACUGUUAGUUUCUGUGCAUAUAAGGCUCUACAGAUCACAUCAGCAUGCUGGUAAAGGUGAAAUUUGGGGAUGCACAAAAGUUUGUUAAAAUAGCCCAUCUGAACCUGGAGGACUUUUUGUCUGCAGCCUUUUUGAAGUUUGGGGUUCCAAAUGUACCUGAGAACGUGAAGGUUGUGGAUGAAUCCGGGACUGAGGUGGAUGGUGAUGUUUUUGAGGAGUUAAUCAAAGAUCCCUCCGUUGGCGUUCUCAGCAUAAAACAUGGUGCAGGAUACAGUCAUUAUUGAAGAAGGCCCUGACAGUAAGCGAAUGAAGCUGGAUGAUGAAGCAAAAAAGCUGGUGCAAUCUGUUCUUGUCAAGAAACCUGGAGGCGAGAGUAUAAUAAAUGAGUAUAACAGAACAAAGGCUUUGAAGGAUGAAACGAGGAGAAAAAUGGUUAAUAUCCUGGCAGCUGAUAUGACCGAAAAAAAUGGAGGGUCCCCACCAAGGCUGGUCAAAGAAAAAUAUGCCAGAGGAAUCGUGGCUUUGUUCCCUUACCUCAGUGACCCCUAUUCCAAAAAUGGCUUUGAGCAUUACUAUGAUGGUGAGAGUGGCACCGGAUAUUUGGCAUGGAGAAUCAAAACUAUUCAGAGAAACCUGGCUAAAGAACGACGAGGAUCAUUUGAAGGUCAAGUGUCGUAUGCUGAGCGGGGAUCCGGUGGACCAACUGUAGCAAGGCAUUCGAAGUUUACUCCAGAGAUUGUCCUUAGUGAGGAUGAAUGCAAGGAAGCAAUUGCAUUCAUGAACCAUUCUGCUGAUGAGGAUGCCAUCAAGAAGAAAAUGAAACUGACAUUUGACUAUCGUCGUAAGAUGGUUCUUGAUCCCAUGCAGUCCAGUGAUCUAUUGACAAUUUUUCCUCGUUUCAAGGACAUUAAAGGCUUGAUUGAGCAAGACUUUGUUCUGAUGUUUGGAGAAGGAGUGUCAGGCAAGCUGCUAGAGAAGUGGACAACAGCGUUCAAGAAAAAAGUCAUUCAGCAGUGCAAGACUUCCUGCAAACAGCGAUUUACAGGAACUUUUGCUAGCAGCAGAAUCUCUUCGUGAUGACACUGAAGAAGAUGUUCAUAUUGUUUGGGACAGCGACCUUGCUUCAGUACUACUACUGUUGCAUCUGAUUCCACCAUCUGCUCAAGGCCGGAAGAGACCAGGGAAAGUUUCUGCUUCUCAAGCAGAAAAUCAUCUUGUUGUCUUCAAGAAGAGUGGAACAAACAUCGAGGAGCAUCUGCAAGACAUCUCUGCUAGCGCUCAGCCCUAUCUCCUGGCUGUAGGUCCUCAGAAGGAUUCAAUUCACCAGUUCUUCAUCAUCCUUGAUCAGCAUGCCAUUCCAUGCAAGUCCACCUCUUCUCUUGGUGCCUUUGAUGAACUGUUUAAGGCACAUUAUGUUUUUGGCACCUCUUACAACACCAUGCUGCACAACAUGUACACUUUCAUUCAAACCACUGUGUACAACAUAGAUGUUGGGAAAGUGAAAGAAAGUCCUCGUGUUGCUGAGGUUAGGGCAAGGCUGCUUAACUAGGUGCCUAAAGUUCCAGUGCACUCAUGAAGUGUUUUGUUUGUGAGACGGAAUUAAAUGGUUCAAAAUUGCUUGUUAGGCACUUCAGAUUUGUUCAUGGUUUGGUUCCUGGAAAGAGCCUUCGACUUAAAUGUGUAGAGGCAGGAUGCGGUUCUGAGUUUGGUACCUUCUCAGGUUUUAGAAAACAUUUGAAUAUAAAACAUCCUGAACAAUGUGAACAGAGUUGUGACCCUAGUGGCAUCUGUGAGACAGGAAGAAAAUAGUGCUGCAAUGUUCCACCAGAGUGACAGUGCUGAAGAUGUGGCCACAACAUCUGUAAUGUUAAAGUCUAAUAAGAACACUUUAGAUAUGUGUGCGUCUGCUGUUGCACAACUGAAAGUUGCUGGUUUAAGUCAGUCUGCAAUAAAUGGUUUUGUUUCAUCUA